AGGGGUCAGCAGACAGAUGUGGAUGAGUAUGCCCAGGGGUGUGUUGGUGUUUUUGGAUGCCACUGAGAUUCCAGCUGUUUGUUCCAGAACUCACCCGCCAGCCCAUCAUCAUGUAACCAUGGAAACACCUGACUGGGAUGGUACUGGUAUGUGCACGUUCUCUAAAGCAGAGCCAUGCCAUCCGGAUUGUGCAACUGUGAAACUGCUCAGAGAUUAAUCAUCACACACACACAUCCCGUCAGUCACCUGGAUGGAAUGUCAGAUGGGCACUGCACAGGUGAGCAGAAGUCCCCAAGACGACGUGCGGAGGGCAAGCGGAGAUGAUGAUGUCAGACCUGUGUCCACUACGGAGCCCAAAGCAGGAAGUUCAGGAGAGGGAUGUGGAAAGAUCCUUCAGAGGUUUCCAAAGACAGACUGGGAUGGAACAGCUUUCCCUCAAGGAGUGGAGAUGUUCUGCCAGCCUGGCGGGUGGAGGUUGUGUCGUGAGCGGAGGCCUCCCACCUUCUUCACAGCAGUGCUGACCGACAUCGACUCCCACAGACACUACUGCUCCUGCCUGACCUUCUACGAGGCAGAGGUCAACCUGCAGGGCUCUAAGGGAGUAGAGGCUGAUGGAGAGGAGGAAGAGGGGGAUGAGGAAGGUCUGGUGCUGCCUGCUCAGGUCUUCGCCCCCAAGAGCCUCAUACUGGUGUCACGACUCGACCAGCCAGAGAUCUUCAGGGGUUGUCUGGGCCUUGUCUACACGGUGUAUGUGGACAGCCUCUCUGCUGUGUUGGAGGGUCUGGUGGCCACUCUGCUGUCCUGCCAAGUUCCAGUCACCGGUGGAGCUCAGAAACUCCUGUCGUUGGGUGCAGGGGACCGGCAGCUGAUCCAAAUACCCCUGAAUGACAAUCUGCCCAUCACCAGCAAGAGUGUAGCACUGCUCUUUCAGCAACUGGGGAUCCAGAACGUUCUAAGCUUGUUCUGUGCGGUUCUAACAGAGCACAAGGUUCUGUUCCACUCCAGCAGCUACCAGAGACUUGGAGAGGCCAGCCGUGCACUGGAGGCCCUCAUGUUCCCCCUGCGCUACAGCUACCCCUACAUCCCAAUCCUGCCGUCUCGCCUGCUGGAGGUGCUCAGCUCUCCCACCCCCUUCAUCAUCGGGGUCCACUCCAUGUUCCAGACCCACAUCCAGGAACUGCUGGAUGUGAUCAUUGCUGAUCUAGACGGUGGGACCAUUAAGAUUCCAGAGUGUAUCCACCUCUCUCAACUGCCUGAGCCUUUACUGUACAACACACAGGCGGCCCUCUCUACGGUUUUGCAUCCCGAUUUGGAGAUUGCAGACAACGCAUUUCCUCCCCCACGAACUGCAGCCUCCAACCUUAAACAGCUGGAUAAGGAGCUGAGGGCCGUGUUUCUGAGACUCUUCUCUCAGCUCUUCCAGGGGUACCGCUCCUGCCUGCAGCUGAUCCGCAUCCACCCUGAACCAGUCAUACACUUCCACAAGACUGCCUUCCUGUCUCAGCGUGGGCUGAUUGAAGCAGACUUCCUGUCGAAGGUUCUGGAUGGAAUGGCAUUCGCUGGGUUUGUGUCCGAGAGAGGGCCGCCCUACCGCACCACUGACCUCUUCGACCAGCUGGUAGCAGCAGAUGUGGAGCGUCGUCAUCAGGAGGAGGAGAAUCCAACGCUGAUCUCCAAACACACCAGAGAGCUCUCUGAACAGCUCUACAAGAACGAGAACCCCAACCCUCACAUGGUGUUCCAGAAGCUUCCCCGUCCCAGCGAGGGCUCCCACCUGCGGGUGCACAUGAUGCCGUUUCCAUGGUUACAGCCAGAGCGGGUGGAGGAUCUGCUCAAUGAGGCCAACAGUCGCCAGCACGGAGCCCCGCCCACCGCCCGCCCAGACAGGAAGUGUGUGGUGCCAGCCGGCCCACCAGUGGUGCCCAUCAGUGGGAGGGGCAGCUCGGUGUUCAACAGUGCCAGACGGCUGGAGGUGGUGAGAAGCUGCAUCAGCUGCAUCUUCAACAACCAAUCACUGGAGACGCAGAAGACUCUCCCUGCAGCGCUGCGUGCUCUAAAGGGUCGUGCAGCGCGCCAGUGUCUGAUGGAGGAGCUGAGUGUCCACGUGCAGCAGAACAGAGCGCUGCUGGACCACACGCAGUUCGACCAGAUCGUACGCCUCAUCAACUGUGCCCUGCAGGAUUGCUCCAGCUCAGAAGAGUUCACUGUUGCUGCUGGAUUGUUGCCGCUAACAACAGCCUUCUACAGGAAACUGGCGGCGGGGGUGAACCAGUUUGCGUACACGUGUGUGCAGGAGCAUGCGGUGUGGACCAGCCCGGCCUUCUGGGAGAGCAGCUUCUACAGCGCUGUGCAGGAGCAGAUCAGAGCUCUGUACCUUACUGCCCCACAGGGCAAACCCAGCCUCACACACAUGCAGGACUCUGAGGCCCCCCCUGAGGCUGAGCGAUCGGCGAUGGACCUGGGGGCGGAGCAGCUGCGUGUGUGGGCGGGGCUUGAGCGUGAGCGACAGCAGGAGCUGGUGGCGGGGGAGGAGUCUACGGUGUUCAGUCAGGCCAUCCACUACGCCAGCCUGAUGGUGUACCUGCUGCUGCCACUGGACAGCUCCAAGAACAAGCUGCUGCGGAGCUCACACACACACACACACACACACACACACAACGACUGGGAGAGCGGCAGCAACAGCAUCCUCACCAACAGUAUUGCUGGGAGUGUGGCCGAGAGCUUUGACACGGAGAGUGGUUUUGAGGAGGCGGAGUCUGACGUGGCGAAUGCGGCGUGCCGUUUCAUCACUCGCUUCAUUGAUAAAGUCUGCACUGAGAGUGCCGUUACCCAGGAGCACAUCAAGAGCCUGCACAGCAUGAUACCAGGUAUUGUUGCCAUGCAGAUGGAGACUCUAGAGGUGGUGCACAGGGAGAGUCGCCGUCUGCCUCCCAUUCAGAAACCUAAGAUCCUGCGGCCACCGCUGCUGCCCGGUGAGGAGUGUGUGGGGGAGGGGCUUCGGGUCGUGCUGGACGUUGACGGGAGAGAGGACGCGGUGGGCGGGGCUUUGGGCGGGCCACACCUCCUGCCUGCAGAGGGCGCUCUCUUCCUCACCAACUACAGGCUCAUCUUCAAGGGCACGCCGCACGACCCACUAGUGGGGGAGCAGGUGGUGGUGAGAGGGUUUCCUCUGUCCUCUCUGACCAAGGAGAAGAAGAUCUCCGUUCAGAAUCAGCUACAGCAGAGUCUUCAGGAAGGACUGCAGCUGCGCUCUGCCACAUGCCAGCUGAUAAAGGUAGCAUUUGAUGAGGAAGUGACAUCAGAGGAAGUGGAGACAUUCCGGAAGCAUAUCCAGAGACUGCGUUUCCCACAGUCCAUCUUCAGCACGUUUGCUUUUGCAGCAGGACAGAGCAUACCUCCCGUCACCCCCAAACAGAAGGAACGUAACACAGGCCUCCGUACCCUCUCUAAGACGCUGGUGAAAGGAGCUCGGCGUGCAGGGAAGAUCACCAUGGGCCGCCAGACACUCCGCAGGAGUCGCACGACUUUUCACGAGGAUGACGAUAUCUCAGUGUCAGAUGAGGGUGAGCCUCCCUGCUCCACUCUGAAGGCCAGCAGUGAAAAGUCCACUAUGGAGCAGCUGGUGGAGCGAGCCUGUUUCCGUGACUACCAGCGCCUGGGACUGGGUACCAUGCCAACCAGCAGCUCCCGCUCCAAAGGGGGGGAGACACUCCGCAUCACCGCCGCCAACCGCCUCUACUCACUGUGCCGCAGUUACCCAGGGUUACUGGUGGUCCCCCAGUCGGUGCAGGACAGCAGUCUGCAGAAGGUGGCUCGCUGUUACCGCCACAACCGGUUGCCCGUGGUUACGUGGCGUCACCCUCGCUCCAAAGCCGUGCUCCUGCGCUCAGGAGGUUUUCACAGCAAGAGUGUGGUCGGCCUGUUCAAAUCACAGAACUCUUCGAGCACAGCCCCUGCAUCAGACUCCUCCAGUAGUGUUGAGCAGGAGAAGUACCUGCAGGCCGUCCUCUCCUCCAUCCCCAGCAGACCCAACGGCACACACACACUGACCAACCGCUCCCUCAUCGGCCUGUCCCCAGCCAGUGAGAGGAGGACGUAUCGCCUGUCCAAGAUGAACCCAGUGCACCUGGAGCUCCCUUUCAGCAACAGCUUCAGCAGAACAGGUGUGUGGGCCAGUUUGCGCUCCAGCAGUCGUAUGUCGGUGCAGUCGGCUGUGGACGUGGGCUCUCGUCUGGCGGGGAAGGAGCUGGUGCCCCCUACGGGACCAGACGGGCUGCAGCAGCUCCUCAAACAGCAGGCUGCACUCUACAUCUUUGGAGAAAAGUCUCAUCUCCGGGGUGUGAAGAUGGACAUGUGUGUAAACUACGAGCUGGUUCCGGUGGAGAUGGCGGAUGCACGUCAGGUGCGUGGCUCCUUUAAGAAACUCCUGAGGGCAUGUGCUCCCAGCGCCAUGGCAACCGAUGCUGACCACUCCUUCCUCAAGGCACUGGAGGACUCGGAAUGGAUACUACAUAUUCAUAAGCUGUUGCAGCUGGCCGUGAUCAUGGUGGAGUUGUUGGAUGGCGGAUCAUCUGUGCUUAUCAGCUUGGAGGACGGCUGGGAUAUCACCACACAGGUGUCGAGUCUGGUGCAGGUGCUGGGCGACCCGUUCUACCGUACGCUGGAGGGGUUCCAGCUGCUGCUGGAGAAGGAGUGGCUCUCGUUCGGACACAAGUUCAGCCAGCGCAGCGUCCUGGCCCCCGCCGCCCAGACCAGCGCCUUCACACCACUAUUCCUACAGUUCCUCGACUGCGUACACCAGGUCCAGCGUCAGUUCCCUCUCCAGUUUGAGUUUAAUCAGCACUACCUGCAGUUCCUGGCCUACCACCACGUCUCCAACCGCUUCCACGACUUCCAGCUAGACUCCGACUACGAGAGGCUGGAGCAUGGGCUGCUGUUUGAGGGGGAGAAGCAGGCUCGGCGAGGGAUGUGUGUAUGGGACUGGAUCAGCAGGGCCCACCACCGCAAUCCCCUCUUCCACAACUACCUCUACAGCCCCACACACACGGAGGCGGUGCUCAGGGCCUGUGUGGGCGUGGCCUCGCUGCGGCUGUGGGAGUAUUUCACCUCUGAGACACUGGCCACAGGCCCCGCCUACGACUGGCAGCUGCCAGCCAAUGGGAAGCCAGAGGAGGCGGGGACUAUCGGCUCCAGCAAACGCUGCAUCGUCUGGCCCUGUUACAGCAGCAUACACAGAGCUCAACCUGACGCCAUCACACAACUACUCACUGACAUUGAGCGUCUGGAGGGCCAGCUGGGGCAGGUGGUGGAGCGCUGGCCAGUCCUGCUGGAGAAAGCCCGGCUCAGCAUACAGGAGGACCUCAAACAGGAGAGCAACUUGCGUAAGCGGUCAGUGUGUGGUUCCGGGUUCCUGCCCUCCUCUGGUCUGCAGCUCCAUCGCCACUCUCUCCUGCAGCUGGCUGACGGCUCCGUCGCCGAUGACAACGGCACUGCUCCCAACGGCAUGAACCGCCGCGCCGCUACACUCUACAAUCAGUUCAGCCCACGCAACGAGGACACACGGUCUUUUGAAGGUGUUCUCUUUAAACGAGGGGCUCUGCUGAAAGGAUGGAAACCUCGCUGGUUUGUUCUGGACAUCACAAAACACCAGCUGAGGUAUUAUGACUCAGCUGAGGACCUGCACUGCAAGGGCCACAUCGACCUGGCAGAGGUAGAGUCUGUCCUGAUCGCCAUGCCAACCAUAGGAGCUCCUAAGCACAUCAGUGAAAAAGCCUUUUUCGAUCUGAAGACUUCUAAGCGGGUGUAUAACUUCUGUGCAGCAGAUGCCACCAGUGCCCAGCAAUGGAUCGACAAAAUCCAAAGCUGCAUAUCCGACGCCUGAAGCACACACUCACACAUACACAGCUGCCUUUACUGCCACAGUUUCUAGGAAAAAUAGGAAAAACAAAAAGCACAUUCCUGGGCCGGAACACUGUGCCCCUCAACACAAGCUAACACACACACACACGCACUCACACUCACACAUACUCACACACACACACACACCCACUCACACUCAAAAACACAACAGAGUUCACCAUGGGCCCCUCAUCUCACCCAGUAUGAAUGUGUGUGUGUGUGUGUGUUUGUUUGUGUGCCAAUUCACUCUCUCACACACACCAUUAAAAACACUAACCUCAACACUACACCUCAGAGAAAACGCUCUAAGAGAAAUAUAAACAAUUGACAUUCCGCACACACACACACACACUACACAUGCCAUAUCCUCAGCACCCAAUCCCCGGUAAAGCCACAGAAAUACUGCACCUGAGUGUGUGUGUGAGUGUGUGUGUGAUCUUACUGUCACUGGAAAGAUGAAGAUGUCUUUGUCACCCACACAUACCUCUAGCUUCAUGCCUGUGAUCAGCUGACAAAAGUCAUUUGUGAUGUCACAGGUGACACACGCAUCACACCUGGCGUGACAUGGGGCCUGUGAUGUCACAGGUGACACACACAUCACACCUGGUGUGACAUGGGGCCUGUGAUGUCACAGGUGACACACACAUCACACCUGGUGUGACAUGGGGCCUGUGAUGUCACAGCUGACACGCACAUCACACCUGGUGUGACAUGGGGCCUGUGAUGUCACAGCUGACACACGCAUCACACCUGGUGUGACAUGGGGCCUGUGAUGUCACAGCUGACACACGUAUUGUAUGUGCAGCAUCACACCUGGUGUGACAUGGGGCCUGUGAUGGGUACUUCCACUGUGGUGUCAUAUCUGAUAGAUUCAUUAUGGGCAGAAAGGGGUGAUAUGGUGUAUGUGCAUUACAUUUUAUGAGAAUGAGAAAACAUUUAGGAGGAUGAACGUGUUGUCUGGCGUCUGAUGUCAAAGCAGAAGACAGCCUCCUGGUGGCGAGGAGGGGAUUUGCACUUCUGUGUCUCCUGAAAGACUACCUGAGAGAGAGCAGCUCAGGAGACUACCUGAAAGAGAGCAGGCUGUUGGGAUUGCUUAUACCCCAUGGAGACACUUUGCACACUAAAGUUGAAAUAUUUCCAAAUGUUAUUUACUAUUUAAAUAAUAAUUGUCUUUAACAUAAUAAAUAACUACUUCUGAUAACAUCUGAUGAUGUACAUAUUUUUAUUAUUAUUAUUGAAAGAGAUAUUUCUCUGAAUUUAUGUAUGCUGACAUAUGCUAUGUAAAUAUGAAUUUGACAUUUCAUAUUUUUAUAUUUUUUAUUGAGCAGCUUUUCUAACUUUGUCUCCUCAGAGAAUGUUUUAUUUUGUUUGAGUCUUCAGAACAUUCCUGUGUAGGGCAACACCACACAAUGGCUGGAAUGUCCCAGGGGUUCUGGAAUGUUCCGCAGGUUUCUGGAAUAUUUCAGACAUCUCUGGAGUGUUCUGCAGGGCUCUGGAACGUUCCUGAUGUCUAUGUCGGGUUCUUAUCUGUGUGGUGUUCCUGGUUUGCAUGAUGGCUAUGUCCUUACCCUGUAUUCACACCACAGGGCUUGUAACUGAGCUCUUAACAUUGCUCUUGAUUGAUUUCUGAUACAUUUCUUGGGUUUUUAACUGAGCUCUUAACAUUGCUCUUGAUUGGUUUCUGAUACAUUUCUUGGGUUUUUAACUGAGCUCUUAACAUUGGUUUUGUUUGUUUUCUGUAACAAACUGUGGGGUCUUAAAUGAGUUUAACGUUGGUCUUGUUUGGUUUCUGUAACAAACUGUGGGGUCUUAACUGAGUUUAACGUUGGUGUUGUUUGGUUCAUGUAAGACUCGGAGGUCUUAAGUGAGUUUGACGUUGGUUUCCACUGAUUGCUGUGAAAUGAUUCUGUUACUGUAAGACUCUUCAUAUCUGCCAUGCUCUGUGCGACUGCUCCACACUACCUUGGAAAUAAACAAGUUGUCCUGAACAGAG